AUGUCUUAUUUACGAGAAUGUAUUUUAGGAGAAAAACACAUUUUGUGUGACAAAAUCGUUACAGGAAUAGACAAUUAUUUACUUAUAUUCAUGGAAAUUUGGAAUUCGAAAUCAUAUUCAUCAGCUGAGUUUGAUGAUCUAGCUAUACAAGUUUCCAACCCUUCGACAGCUAAAACCAUAACGCGAACGCCCUCUGUAGAGUCAAUGAACAUUCCAUCUUUUGAUACUGAGAAUGCUGAGGUACAAGACUUAGGCGGAAAUUCUAGCGACGAUUUUGAGGAUUCUCUAACUGCCCCUAUCCAGAUUUGUGUAGCGUCCAGUGAGAAAGUAUGGACUUUUACAGAAAAUCCAGAACUGUCAGAUGAUGAAAACUUGAGAGUUCUCGAAAAUGUAUUACGGGACUCUGGUACUACGGACGUCAAUCGCAUCCAUUCUCCGUACCCCAAGCCGGUAAAGAGACCAGCAGGCUUCCCGACGAUAAAUGCAGUUCAUAAGAAACGUGCUAUCCCAUCUUUUUCUUUAGACAGCAAUCCUUCUCACCAAAACCUUUAUAAUAAAGCCGAAUUUUCCAAGGAGGCUUUUGCCUCUCCCAUGUAUAUUAGCCAGCAAUCGUCAAAUACUUUUACUAUUUCAGAUGAAGAAAAUCAGACGGAAAGUAUCUCUUCUUCUCUGCAACCUUUAUCCGCCGAAGGUACUUCUAUGUUUUCUCAUUCGUUUCCGUCCGAGCCAAACACAAGUUCUAAUAAAUCUCUUGGAAAACGAAACGAAGAACUAGAUGCUGUUCUACAGCUUGAUAAUAUCAUCAGUACCUUUGAAACACUCCCUCAAUCCGUUCAACAUUAUUUACUCUCUCAUCUUUUAAAGAAGUCGAGUAAGCAUGCUCUGCAAAAGAUAUCGGAAUUUUUGAUCCCCGUCUUCAAAAAGGAUUUGCUUUCUAACUUUCCACCCGAGAUCAGUCGUAUUGUACUUAGCUACCUUGAUGCCCCUUCUCUCUGCGCAGUUUCCAAAGUUUGCCGGGGCUGGUCUCGAAUGGUGUCUCACAGCGAUGAAUUUUGGAAAAAUCUAUUUAUUCGAGAGGGAUUUUAUUGGGACUCUUAUGAUGACCAAGUAAAAACCCUUUGUUUAAAAAGGUCUCUCUCUAAUUGUAAUACCAUGAAGAAAAUUUACCUACGACAUUACCAACUUCGAAAACGCUGGAUGAAUGCACCAAAAAGAAUAAAACACUAUUCCUUUCCCGUACAUGGUGUUGAUCUUAUUACGAAAGUUCAGUUUGAUGAUGAAAAAAUAGUAGUGAGCACAUGCAGCCCAAAAAUCAAUGUGUAUAGCACAAAAACUGGUGCGUUAAUAAGAAGCUUAGAAGAACACGAAGGUCAGGUCUGGGCAUUCGAGUACAUCGGAGAUACUUUGGUUACGGGUUCAACAGAUAGAACUGUACGCGUAUGGGAUCUGCGCACAGGAGAAUGUAAACAAGUUUUCCACGGACAUAGAUCUACUAUUCGUUGCAUAAAAAUCGUUUGUAGAAAUAAUUUAAAUACGGAUAUAAUGGCUGAAAAGGAAAACAAUAUUAAUUCUGCUUCAUUAAUGCCACCCUAUAUAGUAUCUAGUUCUCGUGAUUGUACAAUUCGUCUUUGGAGACUACCUGACCUUAAUGACCCUCCCUUUAUGAACCAAAGAGCGAAUAACGAAGAAAACGAAAAUUCUCCUACUCCGACUAAUCCUUAUCAUUUACGAACACUCAGAGGUCAUACAGAUUCUAUCAGAGAAGUAGCAUGCGAAGGCGAUACUAUUGUGAGCGCGAGUUAUGAUGGCACAGUGCGUGUUUGGAGAGCUUCAACUGGUGCCUGUUUGCAUGUUUUACGUGGGCAUGUCGGUCGAGUUUAUAGUGUUGCCAUCGAUAGUAGUGGAAAACGCUGUAUGAGUGCGGGUCUAGAUGCCAAAAUACGAAUCUGGGAUACAGAAACGGGUGAGCUAAUACAAGUUCUUAAUGGACACUCAAGUCUAGUUAGCCAAGUAACUCUGAAAAAUGAUUUUCUCGUCUCUGCUUCAGCUUCUCCGGACAAUUCAUUAAGAGUGUGGGAUACAAAGUCGGGAAAAUGCCUCUGUUUUCUAAAGUGUCCCAUUGGUCAUAUAUUCUUUCAGCAUGAUGAAAGUAAAAUUAUAAGCGGCAGUAAAAAUAAAUUACAGUUAUGGGAUAUUCGAAGUGGAAAAUUGGUCCGUGAUUUGCUGACAGAACUGGAUUCAAUAUGGCAAGUUGGUUACAACGAGAAUAUCUGUGUAGCCGCUGUAUUACGAGAUAAUCGGUUUUGGAUUGAUGUAUUAGACUUCGGCUCUUCAGCAAGUUCCUCGUGA